GAGAAAGAUCCGUCGAAUCUGCGGCCACGCAUACGAGGAUCACUUGCCAAUUGACGACCAUGGUUCACCCGACGCUGAAGCUAUCGUACUUUGACAUGGCCGGUCGUGCCGAGCUCACGCGCCUCGCGCUCUACGUGGCCGACAUCCCGUUCGAGGACGAACGCCUCACUGGCGAGCAGUUUGCCGCGCGUAAGCAAAGCCUCCCGUUCAAGCAGUUGCCGACGCUCACGGUCAAUGGCAAUGUGCUGGCGCAGUCGCACGCGAUGGCGCGGUACGCUGCGAGCCUCGGUGGCUUGUACCCGGCGGCCGACCCACUGGCGGCCUACCGCGUCGACGAGAUCCUCGCCGCGAGCCAAGACGUCUUGGACGCACUCAUUGUGGCGGCGUUUUCGCGCGAUGCGGCCGCCAAGCCGGCGCUCAUCAAGGAUCUCGUAGAGACGAAGCUGCCGACGAUGCUGCCGUGCAUCGAGGCGCGCCUCACAUCCAGUGGCAAGUACUUUCUUGGCGACACGCUCACGCUGGCCGACCUCGAGCUCUACUUGAUGUGGGGCAACCUUACGUCGGGCAAGUGGGAAGGCGUCCCGACGACCAUCGCGGACGGCUACACGCGCUGGAAGGCGCUCGCCGCCGCCGUCAGCGCCCACCCGCGGGUCCAAGCUUGGAAUGCUGCGCACCCGGCCCAAUAGGACGCAUCAUCCAUGUUGACUUUCUGACAUGAGUGCCGCCCACGACCCUUAUUCGUAAAAUGAAUAAGCAAUGCACUCUGUGUUACCAAAUGCA